GGGAAACGGGUUCCACAAAUGACUACCUUUGGAAAUUUCUCUAAAGAAUCGCAAUAGUUUGAACAUCGUCUCGCUCCGCGAAGUUACAGAAAUGCUUUUUCGAUCAAUAGUUGAUAGAGGAGUCAGUAAACGGAGGUGCAAUGACCCCAAAAGAAAGUAUAAUUUGUCCUCUCUGUUGGGCUGCUACCAAUGUGCCCGGCAAGAUGAACACGUUUCAUAUGGAAACUUGGGAUUGGCUGUGCCCCCGUUCGGUUGCGCGUUCUCCACAGCCCGAGGUCUACGGAACGUUCUUGCUGUUGCCAACGAGGAGGGUGUCGUGAGGCUGUACAACACUGAGACGAGACAAAGUCCUGUUCUGAAAGAAUGGAUGGCACAUGAGAACGCAGUCUUUGACCUGGCAUGGGUGCCAGGGGAGGCCAGCUUGGUGACAGCGUCAGGUGAUCAGAUGGCCAAGUUGUGGGAUGUGACAUCUGGGGAGCUCCUGGGCACGUUUAAGGGGCACCAGUGCAGCCUCAAAUCUGUUGCAUUCACACAGCAGGAGAAAGCGGUGUUCUGUACUGGGGGCCGAGAUGGGAAUAUUAUGGUCUGGGACACAAGGUGCAGCAAAAAAGAUGGCUUCUACAGGCAGGUGAAGCAGAUUAGCGGGGCCCACAAUAAGACCGAGAGAAAUACGCCGUCCAGCGCCAAGAAGAGGCGUCUCCCCACACGUGGCAUGGCACCGUCUGUGGACUCCCAGCAGAGUGUCACCGUGGUUCUGUUCCGGGAUGAGCACACACUCAUCUCCUCGGGGGCAGUGGACGGGAUCGUCAAGGUAUGGGACCUCCGGAAGAACUACACCGCUUACCACCAGGACCCCACCCCACUCCUGGCCUAUCAGUACCCAGGAUCCAGCACACGCAAGCUGGGCUACUCAGGGCUCGUCCUGGACUCCACGCGCUCCAACCUGUUCUGUAACUGUACCGACGACAGCAUCUACAUGUUUGACAUCAGCGGACUGCAAACCACUCCAGUGUCCGUCUUCAGUGGUCACCUCAACUCAUCGUUUUACGUCAAGUCCACUGUUAGCCCCGACGACCAGUUCCUGGCCAGUGGUUCCAGUGACCAUCAAACGUAUAUCUGGAAGAUUUCCGACCCAAAACAGCCACCCACAAUGCUCCAGGGCCAUAGCCAGGAAGUGACGUCCAUAGCAUGGUGUCCCACAGAUUUCACAAAGAUUGCUUCCUGCUCUGAUGACAACACUGUGCGGAUCUGGCGUCUGGACCGGGGGACGGACGGAGCGAAGUCUUCUGUCGGAGAGGCCAAUUUGGUGGGCUGGGCCUGUCCUAAACCCGCCACCAAUGUGUCCAGUCCAGGGCCUUCAAACCGGACUGAGUGUACCCCAGCCAAAAGUCCCAGGUCGGGAAGCCUUGGGGUCCUGGUGUCUCCCCAGCCUGCAGCAUGCGCCCCCAAUGGGGCAGACAUGCCCCUGCCGUCCAGCACCACUGACGCCUCCCCUACCCAGGCCCAGGGUGCCAAAACCACCCUCAAUAACCAGAGACAUCCCUCCAUCAGGAACUGGUUUGCCCCGUCUCCCGGGGAACGGGUAACCCCUCCUCUACGCAAAGUGCUCAGCCCCUGCCCCCAGAGCCCGGUUCAUACCCCUCCCUCAGAGAGGAGAGUCAAACGCCGGCUGGAGACGGGUGACGGUGGGCCGGCAGGGGGCUGUGAAGGUGCCGGAGCGUGUGACUGCAUCACCGAGCUGUACCCUGCCUCCAAGAGGAGCCGGGGACUAGGGGUUGUGUGCUGCCCGAACCGGGAGACCCUUCAGACGGGCCCCAAGGUGAGCGACACCUGCGAAGGCGCGGUUGUCCAGGGGGAGGUGUGCUUGAGACCUGCCCUGUCCACACAGACUGACAAGGAGAACCGCUCUCCGGGAAGGGCAGAUUGGCUGUCAGCGAUGAGCCAGAAGUUGAGGAAAGAGGUAGGGAGCCCCAGCAGGAAUCCCAAAAGCCCCAGUGCCUCCAAGAAGCAAGAUGGCCGAUUACCGACAUCCCCGGCAAUGCGCUCUCCCACCCAAGCAACGCGCUCACCUGUAUCCAUGAAGAAGAUCUCCUCUUACUUCCAGCGAAGGACUCCUGAGUGAUCAGCUUGGACUGACUGUAUUCUCAACGUUGACUCAAGAACUUAGUACAUGUUUCUUUACGGUGAUCCUAGAGUAUUUUUGUGUAAAAAGGUGUAUUUCAAUUGGGAUCACUGCUCUACACAAUAUUUUUAAAGAUACAUUUAUGGAUUCAGGCCUAGCCUUCAAAAUGCGCUAAAUGGCUACAAUAUUGUGUAUCCUUUAUACAUUUUUUUUAUUGUCUUUAUUUUGUACAUUUACUUUAUACUUGCCAAUGGUUUUUCUGCCAAGUGUUUUAAGUAUUCACAG